GGAAUAUCAAGAGCUCAAUACUUAUGCUCUCACGGUCGAGGUCAAACUUGGCGCACGCGGCAUUACAGUGCAUGCAGGAUUUGAUUCCAAGAUACUGGAAGCUCAGCUUGUCCAAAAUCUUGUUCCAUCGUUUGAGUCUGUUUUGCAACAGCUGAGCAUAGCAAGUCCGGAUGAGAAAAUUUUGAAAGUCGACAUCAUGACAGCUCAAGAUGUAGAGAGGAUAUGGAGUUGGAACGGUCGUCUCCCGAAUGCAAUUGACCGCUGUGUUCACACUUUGAUUGGAGAUCAAGCCCGCGAUGAUCCGGCUUCGCCUGCCAUUUAUGCUUGGGACGCCACUUUGUCGUAUGAGGAGCUGGAUCGCCUCUCCACUAAGUUGGCGUGGCGGCUGCAGGACAUUGGCUUAGCAUUGGGCGACAUCGUUCCGCUUUGCUUUGAGAAAUCAGCGUGGAUAAUUGUAUCGCUGCUUGCCGUAGUGAAGGCAGGAGGCACAUUUGUUCUUCUUGAUAAUGCACUUCCUGAGCAGCGACUACAGGUCAUUGUGCAGCAGGUCAAUGCUCGUAUUAUCCUCUCAUCCACAGAUUGCCAAAGCCUGAGCUUGCGGCUCGCUAGUACCGUCAUCCCGGUCUCAGCAAGUCUAGCCUCCGACCUGGAAAAUCAGCCAGAGCGACAAUUAAGUAGCCCAACGCCAGACUCAAUUUUGUACGUCGCAUUCACGUCUGGCAGCACUGGAGUACCUAAGGGAGCACAGGUCAGCCAUAGAAAUUUUGCCUCGGCCAUACAUCAUCAGACAAAGAAAUUUGCCUAUAAGAAGAGCUGGCGGGUUUUCGACUUUGCUUCAUAUAGCUUCGACAUGUCGAUUUUUGCCAUUCUCUAUACGCUCGCUACUGGUGCUUGCCUUUGCAUCCCUAAUGACGAAGAUCGAAAAAGUGACUUACCAAAGGCCAUCAGCGACAUGCAGGCAGAUUCUAUUAUUCUUACCCCUUCGGUGCUGAGGACUUUACACCCGACAGAGGUAUCUUGUCUCAAGUUAAUCAUGUCCAUUGGUGAACCCUUGUGUAGAGAUGAUGUGACUCCAUGGGCAAUAGCGGGUGUGCAGCUUGUCAAUGCGUAUGGCCCAGCAGAAUGUACUCCGGUGAGUACCAUCAACACGGAUGUAGCCGAUGGCGAGGGAAAUCCUCAUGUUGGCCGCGGGUUGGGGCAUGUCACUUGGGUCGCAGAUGCCGAGGAUCAUAAUCGCCUGGUUCCAGUUGGCAAAGUUGGUGAGCUCUUGCUAGAAGGGCCACUUGUUGGAUGUGGGUAUCUGGGAAACCCAGAGAAGACACAGGCUGUCUUCAUCGAAGACCCGUCCUGGCUACUGAAGGGAUCCAUGAAACACGCCGGAAGACACGGCCGUUUGUACAAGACGGGUGAUCUUGUCAGCUAUAACGACGAUGGCACAUUAAAUUACAUCAGCCGAAAAGACAACCAAGUGAAAAUUCGCGGCCAACGAGUUGAGCUCGGAGAAGUUGAACACCAUGUUAAACAAUGCAUAGCUGAUGCUGUCCAAGUUGUAGCAGAGGUUGUAUCGAACGGCGACAGCAGUGCCAAUCCAGUACUAGUGGCUUUUAUUACGAAAACCAGCACAAACGAGGAGACCAAUUCUUCCAUUAUCCAGACAUCGCAUGGUCUUGAGCCUGAGGUCGAGAAAGCUCUCACUGAGCUCUUGCCUUUAUAUAUGAUUCCGGUGGCAAUUUUCCAUCUGGAGGAAAUGCCUAUGACGGCCACUGAAAAGACCGAUCGCAAGAAGCUCCGCAUGAUUGGAUCGGAGCUCCUAGCAAGGCAGCGCGUGGAACGACAGGCAAGUUCUCCAAAACCCAAACAGCAACCGUCCUCCCCAGUGGAAGUCCAGAUACGACGUAUUUGGGCCCAAGUUCUGAAUGUCAAUGAAUCGGAUAUUGGCGUAGACGAUAGCUUUCUACAGCUUGGUGGUGAUUCAAUCACCGCGAUGCAAGUCUCCUCGCUAGCGCGAGCUUCUUACAUUAACAUCAGCAGCGCUGACGUCCUGCGCGUCAAGACUAUAUCGAAGUUGGCAGCAAAUUCAGCUGUCGCCCGUCCUCUUACAAAUUAUUCUGUCCAGGUGUCUGAGAAUACAGGCAAUAGUUUCCCAUUAAGUCCUAUGCAGAAUUUCUAUAUGCAUCUCCAACCGUCUCCAAAUCUGCCUUAUGAUCAAAACUUCUUCCUUGGUUUCAAGACAAACUUGUCGCAGGACGUCAUUGCGGCAGCAAUUGAAGCCUUGGUUGAGCGGCAUAGCAUACUGCGUGCGCGAUUUUUUCAAGACAAUGAGGGAUCAUGGCAACAAAAAAUUAGCCAAGAUAUCUCCGGGUCAAUUUAUAUAUGUGCCAAACAAGCGAACGAAGAUUCUGUCGCCAGUAUGAUAGCUCAAUGUCGCGACAGCCUUGACAUUGUAAAAGGACCCUUAAUUGCAGCCUGCAUUAUCAAUGAAGAUGAAACUCAGUCCCUGUUUCUCUCGAUACAUCACCUUGUGGUUGACCUGGUGUCUUGGAGGGUGCUGUUGCGCGAUCUGGAGUCUAUUUUGACCUCGAAAGACAGCUUUGCAUCCGCAUCGCUGGACUUUCAAACUUGGACAAUACUUCAAGAGCAGUAUGCUUCGAUCGGCUUGGAAACGCAGUCAUUUAGGCCCGGUAAACCUGAUAUGGGGCAUCUAGAAUAUUGGGGAGUGGACUACCUCUCGAACAAGUCCGACAGCAUUCUCACCAAAACAUUUGCACUCAAAGUCCAAGCAACCUCAGCCAUCCUGGGACACUGUAAUGAUGCAUUCGGAACGCGGCCAGUGGAGCUCAUGAUAGCGGCAGUCAUUCACUCAUUCGUAUCAAGAUUUCCAGAUCGUCACAGUCCGAUGAUUAUGAAUGAGGGCCAUGGCCGUGAGCCAUGGGACAAUGCCGUGGAUGUUUCUAACACUGUUGGCUGGUUCACCACUAUGUCCCCCGUGCAGGUGCCUUCCGACGUCAAUUCUAGCCUAGAUGAUGUGAUACGACUCACAAAAGAUCUGAUGCGCAACCAACCACAGAACGGGUGGGCAAAUUUCACCUCUCUCUGCAAAGACGGUGCUGGAGCCAUGGAAUUUGCUAAGCAAUUCCCGGUGGAGAUUUUGUUCAACUAUGCAGGGAUAUACCAGCAACUCGAGAACGACGACGCUUUCUUUCAGAAACUUCAAUUGCCCCAAGGCUGUGACCCUCUUGCACGUCUAGAUGUUCAGAGAUUCGCCUUAUUCGAUAUUGGGGCACGAGUAGAGAAAGGGUCGCUCAUUGUAUCGGUCUCUUAUAAUAAAUACGUGAACCAUCAAAGUGAAAUCUGCGAAUGGGUCGACAUCUUACAGGGCACACUGGCUAGAAUGUCCAGCGAGCUGCCUACGGCUAUACCUUGUUGGACCCUUACGGAUUUUCCACUGGCUUUCCAAACAUAUGACGAGAUUCAAGAACUUUCUCAGUAUCGUCUGAACCGACUUGGUGUGAAAUCAAGUGAUGUAGAGGACAUCUUUCCAUGCUCCCCUCUUCAGAAAGGUGUCUUAGCAGCCUGCAAACGAGAUCCACGCAACUAUAGAGCUAAAUUCGCCGUCGAAGUGAGAGCAGGGCUUGGAACAGGAAUACUAGAUAUUUCAAAACUUGAGAUGGCGUGGAGAGAGGUGGUCCGUAAACAUGCACUCCUGCGAUCUCUUUUGAUCACCAAAUUUGGCGAGCAAAAACAGGCAUUCCACGUUGUGUUAAAGGAUCCGAUGCCCUCUGUUUGCCGCAUACGAAAACAGGACUCGAAUUCUCAGUGGACACUUCAGCAUGAGAUAAGUGAGGCUUACGGGCCUGACGGAUUGCAGCACCAUCUUACCAUACACGAGAUUGAUGCAACGACAGCCCAUUUGGAGUUGCACAUUAGUCAUGCUAUCAUGGAUGGCUUCUCACUGCAAUUGCUUUGGAAGAAUCUUCAGGAAGCCUAUAAUGAUUCUCAGAGCUCGACAGGAUCUUACAGGAGUUUUGUCGAAUAUCUUGAAUCGCAGUCUAAGGAUGCUUCUAUUGACUUCUGGUCUCGACGUCUUGAAAAUGCUGCACCCUGUAUCUUACCGGCUGCAGUAGUCGACCAAACUUCAUCAGCUUUUGAAAACAUUCAAGUUCCCAUUGAAUCGAAUGAGCUUAUAAAGGAAUUUUGCAGCGUUUCGGAAAUUACAACUGCGACAUUGAUCCGUGUUGCGUGGGCCAUGGUUCUAAGACUGUAUACCGGAAGUCAAUCGCCAUGCUUUGGCAAUAUUAGUUCUGGAAGAGACACUGCCAUUCCACGAGUGGAUAGGAUCUUCGGCCCUCUCAUCAGUAUGGAACCAUGCCUUAUCUCUUUUGAAAACUCAUUGUCGAUGCUCGAGGUCUUGAAGGCGGCUCAGCAAGACUAUCUUGACAGCUUGCCAUACCAACAUCUUCCUCUGAGGGAGAUUCACCACAUGCUGGGUCUCAAAAAGAAGGCGCUUUUCAACAGCAUUGUAAGUUUUCAGAGAUUAUGGGGUUGGGAAGCUCAGGACGGCUUGUCGGUGAACCAUCUCGACGCCUUUGAUCCAAACGAGUAUGACAUAACCGUGCGCGUAAGUGAUGGAAAUGCCGGGACUCUGGUGAAGUUAACUUUCCGGCCAAAUUUCCUCAGCUCAGAUGAGAAGCGCGAGGCAGCUCGCGUUUUUGGGAAGGCGAUCAGCGCAAUUGUUACUGAUCCUUUGCGCAAGGUUGAGGACAUUCAGCUUUGAACGUUCAUGCUGUUGCUAUUCGAACGUUUUUUAUUAUCUACUUUUAAGUUGAAGACUUGUUUCCUCUUGAAAAUAUCACUGGGUAAUCACAAUGAGAGCAUUCGCUUAGGCACUACGUAGUAGGCACUUUCAGUACUGCUCGCUGUACGAGCAAGUGUCUGCCUUAUCCUUCCGAGGCUACCUGGUG